GACUUAACACCACUUGUAGAAGAAAAAAGAAAAAGAAAUUGUAGUUCGAAAUUUUUAAAAUUACAAAUAACUAUUUAAAAAAAAAAUAAGAAUUUUACGUUUAAAUUAAAAAAAAUACUAAGAUUAAAAUGCAAUUUUUAAAAAUAUAUGUUACUCUGGUGAUAUUUUGUUGUUAUAUUAGAUUAUCGCAUAAUGCUCUAUUCUUUCCCUCAAACAGUGCUUAUGGUGUAUUUGCUGCCAUUGCGGUACCUUUAGAUUUACCUCAUCGUAAUGUUUUCAUUUCGUAUAAUUUCGAAGCAAAUUAUAAUUUACCAGAGACUUGGAAUUUACCACCAUAUGCGAUAGGCGUAGAAGAGGAAGAUCUUUUCGAAGAUGCAGCUAGAUAUAAUAGUGGCAAAGAUUGUACAAAUUGUACAUCGUCAUCAUCAGAGGAAGAAACUGUCGAAGAUGUUGAAGUUGAUAAUGAAGAAAUUAUGGAGGAAAAUGAUAUUGACAACACUACAACACCCUACAGAAAUGAAACUGAAUCGAAUAAUAGAAGAAAAAGAGGCAGGAAACGUAGAGAAAUACCCUCGCUACUGACAAGAACACAUUUCUAUCAUAUAUUGAUAGAUAAAUUUGAAAGAAGUGGCUUUGAGGGUGAGCCCUGUUUGUUGCGUUUAAUUUGUGAGACAAAUGCUUCGGAAUUGGGAGAAAUAAACGGUGUCUUGGGCAAUUUAAUACAUAUAAUGUUUUCUCCUACUACCUCCAAAAAUGAAAAUUUACCCUUGGCUUACUAUCAAGCAGAAAUAGAUGGUAUACAUGAUCAAUGUCAUCAUUAUGAGGAAGAAUGCUCGGAAAGCAUACUGGAUUUAAUAUCAACACCCAUACAUGAAUAUAUUGAACAAAUGGAAAUGGAAAUUAACAAUUUAGGAAAAUGAUAUUGAAAUAAAUUUGGAUUUGAAAAUGCAUACAUUAA